AUGGGUCGGCUCAACGGGAAGAUCAUACUGCUGUCUGCAGCAGCACAGGGGAUUGGACGAGCAGCUGCUAUAGCUUUUGCUAAAGAAGGAGCCAAAGUCAUUGCUACAGACAUUAAUGAGUCUAAACUGCAAGAACUGCAGAAAUAUCCAGGCAUUCAAAUACGGGUUCUGGAUGUCACCAAAAAGGAGCAGAUAGAAAAUCUGGCCAAGGAGAUUGAAAGGAUUGAUGUUCUCUGUAACAUUGCAGGGUUUGUUCAUCAUGGGACCAUUCUGGAGUGUGAGGAGCAAGACUGGAACUUCACUAUGAAUCUCAAUGUUCGCAGCAUGUAUCUAAUGAUCAAGACAUUCCUUCCUAAGAUGCUUAAACAGAAAUCUGGAAAUAUUAUAAAUAUGUCUUCUGUGGCAUCCAGCAUUAAAGGAGUUGUGAACAGAUGUGUAUAUAGUACUUCAAAGGCAGCAGUUAUUGGUCUAACAAAGUCUGUGGCUGCUGAUUUCAUUGAACAAGGCAUCAGAUGCAACUGCAUAUGUCCUGGAACUGUGGACACACCAUCUUUACAGGAAAGAAUCCAAGCCCGGCCUAACCCAGAACAGGCAUUGAAAGACUUUCUAGCCAGACAGAAGACUGGUAGGAUGGCCACUGCUGAAGAAGUGGCCCAUCUCUUUGUAUACUUGGCCUCUGAUGAAUCUGCCUACGUGACUGGUAAUGAACUAAUCAUCGAUGGAGGAUGGAGCUUGUGA